GGGACUGAUCUAAACAAGUGGCCAUAGCUUCCUUAACAUUCUACCAACAAAACACAAACCUUAUUCAUCAUUCAACAUGCAGACAUCACUUCUUCACGAGCUAGUUGUUCCAAUCAUACAUGACCAGUUUCAAAAGUCGGAUAACAGAUACUUACUUGAUUACGGCUCACAUCAAUUUCAAUAUCCAUCUAAACAUCAAAGAAAAUGUAGAGCAAAUUCUAACCAGAAAAAACGCAGCAGGAAAGUCAAUAGUAAUUCUGAAAUUUCAGUGAGACCAGGGACAAACAUAUCUGAAACUAUUAAAAGGAAGUUGAGCUUAGGGGCUCGCAUUCUUCAAGUUGGUGGAGUGGAGAAAAUGUUCAUGCAAUAUUUUAGCGUGACAGAAGGGGAGAGGCUGUUGAAAGUUUCCCAGUGUUAUUUGUCCACCACGUCUGGCCCUCUAGCUGGUCUCCUCUUCAUCUCAACUGAAAAGGUUGCGUUUUGCAGUGAAAGAUCCAUAAAAGUCUUUAAUCAAAAAGGUCAAAUGUGUAGGAUCCGCUAUAAGGUUGUCAUUCCUGCGAAGAAGAUAAAGUGUGUGAAUCUGUUAGGAUAUUGGUUUGGGCCUUAGUCCAAACCAAAUAAAUAGGAGUUGGCUCAAUUAGUUAGUUUUUAUUCCCCAAAUAAUUAGGAGUAGCUCAGUUAG